AUGUAUUUUAUUUUAAUUAGUUUUUCAACUGUAAUACUUAGUUACAACCAACCUAGUAGUCCUGUUAGUUUUCAUUCAUUAUUUAACUCUUCUACAAUUGAUAAAGAAAUUAUUCAGUGUCAUUUUCCACAAUUAUUAUUAAAUACUGGUAAUUUAUAUAUGAAUAUUGAAAAAAUUCCACAACCAACAUGUCAAUCAUGGUUUUAUCCUGUUAUAAUAGAUAAUUAUAAUAUACGACUUAUUCUUUCAUAUCUUAAUUGCACAGUUAUAUUUUAUUAUGGUCAAGGUGAUAAACGAUAUCAACAAAUUCCAAUAGUAUUAAUAUAUAAUUCUAGUAUACCAUUAUUAAGUGAUCAUUUUACUAUACAAUGUCAAGAUAUAAUUAAAAAAAAAUUUUAUCCAAUAUUACCGUAUACAUCAAUACAUUAUAAUCGAGAUAUUCGUGAAAGACUUACAAAUGUUGAGAAAGAAAACGAUGAAGAUUUUAAUGUACUUAUUUUAGGCUUUGAUAGUAUAUCUAGAUUACAAUUUCAACGAAUGUUACCAGAAACAUUUGAUUAUAUAACUAAACAAUUAGAUGCAAUUAUUCUUAAAGGUUAUAAUAUAUUAGGUGACGGUACACCACAACAAUUAAUUCCCAUGUUAACUGGUUUCAAGGAAAUUGAACUUCCUUCAACAUUAAAACGUGAUAAAAAUAGUUCAUUUGUUGAUAUAUAUCCAUUUAUUUGGAAUAAAUAUCGUCAGAAUGGUUAUGUUACAGGUUAUGCUGAAGAUCGUGUUGAAUAUGGUAUAUGGACAUUUCGUUUAAGAGGUUUUAAUAAAACUCCAACUGAUCAUUAUUUAGUACCAUUUUAUCAAAUGAAAUCAGCACGAUCAUUAUUAUACAAACGUGAUACACUUUGUAUACGUAAUCAAACAACACUUGAUUUCUUUCUUUCAUAUAUUGAUCAAUUUUGGUCGUCGUAUUCUGAACAUAAAAAAUUCUUUUUCGGAUUUUUUAAACAAUAUACACAUGAUAGUUACGCAGCCGCUUCAUUACUUGAUUUAUCAUUAUUGAAAUUUCUAAAAAAAUUUAAUCAAACAAAUGAUUCUAAAAACACCAUUAUUAUACUUAUGACUGAUCAUGGUGCACGUUUUUCAAAAAUUCGACAAACACCACAAGGUAAACUUGAAGAACGUUUACCAUUUAUGAGUUUUAUUUUUCCUAAAUUAUUUCAAAAUAAAUAUCCUGAAGCUAUUAAAAAUUUACAAAAAAAUAUUCAUCGUUUAACAACACCAUUUGAUAUUCAUUCAACUUUAUUAUCAUUAACUGACAUGAAUCAACUAAAUUAUAGACUUAAUAAUAAUGUUAAACAACGUAAUAUAUCUUUAUUUCAUUUAAUACCUAGUGAAAGAACAUGCGAUGAUCUUAAUCUUGAACCACAUUGGUGUUCAUGUUUACAAUGGAAUAAUAUUACUAUAGAUGAUAUAAAAAUAAAACAAGCAACAAGAUUUAUAAUUAAUUAUAUAAAUAAACAAUUGUCAGUAGUUGAUAAUCAACUAUGUCAUCAAUUACAACUUCAUUCGAUUCAUAAUGCACAAAUAUAUCGACCUAAUCAAGCACUUUUAAGAUUUUCAAAAUCAUCUGAUAUUGAUGGUAGAAUACCAAAAUAUGAUGAUAAACAUCUUAAUAUAACAUUCUAUCAAAUAACAUUUGAAACAAAACCAAAUAAUGCAAUAUAUGAAGCAACAACACAAUAUUCAACUCGAUCAAGUGGUUUUAAUAUGGAUCUUAAUCAUAUUAGUCGUCUUAAUGCAUAUAAAUCAUCUGCAUCAUGUAUCGAAACAAGUUAUUCACAUCUAAGAAAAUUUUGUUAUUGUAUUAAAUAA